AUGUUAAUUCCUCAUGUAGAGGUAUAAUAUUCUAACAAUUAUUAUAUAGAGAAAUCCAAAUUAUUUUGAAGAUAGUGAGAAGACUCUAAAGAAAGAAAAAAAUAUUAGAAACUUUUAAAUUUAUUAGAAACCGAAAAAAAAAAAAGAAUAACCAAAACCUCCAAAAAAAUUAAAAACAAGAGAAUUAUUUGAUUUCUUAAAUAUUUGGGAUUGUGAGAUUGGAAAGAGACAUAAUUAUUUAAGCCAAUUCAAUCAUUAUCUUAUUUAAAAGAGAGAGACUAUAGAAUUGGAUGAAAUUGAAAAAAAGAUGAAGAAGCCAGAUUUCAUAAAAUUCUUUAAAUAUUUAAAAGAAAAAGAUGAAAAAAGUGAUGAUGAAUAAUUAGAAUAAGAUGUCAAUUUAUAAAUAGCAUUUACUGCAAAAUAAAGACGAGAUUUAAAUGCUUAAGAAAGAUUCAAAAAAAAACAUCAGUUUCCUUAAGUGAGGCCAAAAGAUAUUUUGCUUCCUGCAUCUUUUAAUCCAAAUUUUGAGAUACCUUCCCCUUCCCCUGAUGACUUUGUUAUAGUCACACAUUUUUAUAAUUAAUAUUUAGAAUAACCAAAUAAAUCUAUUCCAAAAACUAUUUUAUGUUCAUAUAUGUUGGAGAAUCGAAAAUUUUGUGAAGCUUACAAUAUUAACAAAAAUCUUUUAGAAGAUUAAUUGAAUGAAUUCCCAUCAUAAUUUGAGGAAGAAAUAACUUUAGAAGAAUUUAUUAACUUUAUUCUUUAUCCUAAAAUUCUUAUAAUAAAAGAUAAUUAUGAUUAAAAUUUAUUAAAACCUGUAAAAGGUACUUAAGAGUUUUUAGAAUAAUAGAACUUAUAAUUAUAAAAAAUUUAUGAUGAAUUUAAUUUAGAUUGUGAAGAAAAAGUCAAUCCAUUAAAAUUAAUAGCUUCAAUUAGAACUAGAUAUGAAACAAGAAUUAAACUUUUUGAUAAUUUUCUUUCAUUUAAAGAUAUUAAUAAAAAUAUUUCUCUUGAAAAAUGGUUAUAUGAAUUUGAAAUUUAUUGUUAAAGAAUAGAAUUAUAAUUCAUUUCAAAAACAUUUUUUAAAGAAUGGCAAAAUUAAUUGUUUGAAAUACCAAAUAAAUUUAUUAUCUUAAAAUCAUCUUAAAUAUCAAAAAAAAGAAAAUAUGAUAAAUUAUAUGAGAAUGAAGAAAUAAUACUUUAAUCAAGUUUUUUUAGUGAAUUAGAAAAGAUUUUUAAUCAAAUUCGAAAGAGUUAUGAAAGAUUUUCUUAAAAGAAAUUAAUUGUUGAUAAUUUAAUAGCAAAGGAAGAUUUUUAAAAAAAUUAUUUUAAAUUGAAAGUAAGAAAAGAAAAAACUAAUCAAUUACCAGUUGAAACAGUUUAAGAGACUUUGAAUAGAUUAUUAUAAGAAGCAGAUGAAUAUAUUGAUUUAGAUGAAUUAAUAGAUUUUUUUACAAUAAGAGGACGUCCUUUAAUUUUGAGUUAAAAAUUAAAAUAAUAAUAUUAAGAUAAUAAAAAGAAGAAAGAAAACACAAUAGAUAACAACAAAUUUGGAGCAAUAAAUAAAAUAUAAAAUGGUUUUUUUUUAAUUACUGUACCUGAUAAUAAAAAAGAUAAUGAAAAUUAAGCUAAAUCAAUAAGAUAGAAGGAAGUUGAAAAGAUGUUAAUAGAUAAAGAGAAAGAUUUAUUAAAAGAAAUAAAUACAAAGUUUUAAGCUAAUCCAGUACCAUGGUUUGUUAAAGAACCACUUUAUGAUUAAUUAAAUAGAGAGAGAGAAGAAAGAAGGGAAAGAAUAAAAGAAGAAAGUAAAGCUAAAUUAAUGUAAAGUAUGAUGGAACCAAAAAGUUUUGAAAAAUAAAAGAAAGAAGUAUUACCUCCAGAAUAAGAAAUUGAAUUUAAAUUUAUGUCUAGACCAAUUCCAGAUAGUAUAAGAGAUCCAAAAUAUUAAAUUAUAAUGGAAUAAUAAAGAUCAAGAUCUAAAAGUAAUGUAGAAAAGAAAAAAGCUGAAUGGGCUGAUUAUUUUGCAAAUUCUACUUAAUUAUAAAAAUCAUUAGAAAGAGAAGAAAUUAGAAAAUCUUAAAAAAGAAUAUAAAAUAAGAAAAAAUAUAAACCAGAGACUUUUGACAAAUUUAGAGCAAAAAGUUUACCAAAUUUUGAAAGAUUACACACAGUAUUUGAAAAUAUCAUAGCAUCAAGAAAGAAAUCUUUUAUUCCAACAAUUCCUUGUUAAACUAAUCUUUCAAUAACCCAUAGAACUUUAGAUUGUUCUAUGUUAGAUUUAGGAAAUUAAUCAAAUAUGAAAGGAAAAUAAAAAAUUCAAGAAAUAGAUAAUAGAUUAAAUAAGAUUCUUUAGAGUUCUCCUCCAAAUAUUAUUAAAACUAAAUCUUCAGCAUCAAUUAGCAAAUAUCGAAGAAAAUAAAGAUAUGAAAAAGAACUUCAAUAAAAAUAAAUAAAUGAUGAAUUAGAAUAAUGGAAAGAUGAAAGAAAAUAAUUAUUACCAAAAGGAAUGAAAAUAUCUAAUCCAGCUGUAAAUUUAUAUCAUUAUAUAUUAAUAGGCUGUUUAAUAAAAAUUAUUAGAUUAAGAACUAGAUGAUUUAGUAAAAUGGAAAAAGAAAUAUCAUAAAAAUUUAGAUAAAGAUUAUUAAAAUGAUCUAAAAAAAAUGUAGAAAAGAGUUUAAAAGAGAAGACUCUUAAGAUUUUAAUCAGAUAAUUAAGAUUAUUAAGAUGAGUCCAGUUCUUAGUCUUCAAAAUCUUCAGAUAGAAGUUAACAUGUACAUCAUAUUGACAAAUUUUUAUGA